CAGCACCGGCUCCUCCAGCGGCCUUACUAUUAUUACUAGUGCUAUUAUUAUCAUUAUUAUUAUUAAUAGUGUCAUUUUUUUGUCUUAAUAAUAUUCCUCCAAUAUUGUUAAGAACUACUUCGUGGAGCUCGUUGUGGAAUUAACGUCUAUAAUUAUGUUUUUUCUUUGUGCGCACGAGACGCGCUCAGGUGGCAUUUAAAAUCCAGAAAAGAUUUUUUUCUAUCUUUCAUUUUUUUUUCUGUCGCUCAGUUUUAUUAUUAUAAUUUUUUUUCAAACUGAAGAAAAUCUAAACCCAAAAGAGGAGAAAUAUUUUUUAAAAACUAUACAAAACUGGAAGUCGGGAGCGCUCGCCUUGGUGCGGGAGAGAAAGGGGUUAAGGAGAGUUUCAGGAUGGAAGAGAAAGAUCAGAGCAGCAGAGAUGCAGGAGACGAGUCCAACAGAGCCAUCCUGCCGCUGCUCGAGCCUCCCGGAAACCUGCACCGGAUCACCAACUUCUACAUCGACAACAUUUUGCGCCCGGACUUCGGACGCAGGAAAGAAAGCGCCGCCGCAGUGAACGCGACUGAGCGCAGCGAUAUUAACGUGUCCGGUAGAGAGAACCGGUGUCCUUCAGAGCCAGAGACCGGCACGGACCGAGCAGGAUCACCGGGGUCGGGUGAAGGAGCAUCAAACCCCGCCGUCAGCGGCUCGAAGUCAGGGUCCGAAAGCGGCGCGGAUCAAUGCGCAAACUCGCCUAAUAACCAGCAGAUGUUGUGGCCAGCCUGGGUUUACUGCACCAGAUACUCGGACAGACCCUCAUCAGGGCCCCGAUCGCGCAGACCAAAGAAGAAGACUGUGACUCGGGAGGAUAAGCGACCCCGCACGGCCUUCACGGCGGAACAGCUGCAGCGGCUGAAGGCGGAGUUCCAGUCGAACCGGUACUUGACAGAGCAGAGGAGACAGAGCCUAGCCACCGAACUGCAGCUCAACGAGGCCCAGAUCAAAAUCUGGUUCCAGAACAAGAGGGCCAAAAUCAAGAAAGCGUCGGGCACCAAGAACACACUGGCGCUGCACCUGAUGGCACAGGGGCUGUACAACCACACCACCAACUCCACCAAGGAUGACAAAUCAGACAGCGACUGACCACGACGCGUCAUAACGCGCGCGCAUAGACCUGAACCAUGAGCGGCCUGGGUGCUCGGACAAACCAGCGGAAAUGGACUGGAUGAGCUUUUUUUAUCACUCUGCAAUACCUUUAUGUAGCCUUUCAUUUUAUGUGGUAUGAGUUUGGUUUUAAUUUUAUAAAUAUUCUUUUUAUUUUUUGCAAACAUUAACUCCACACAGAUGACGUAGCUACACUACACUACACUCUCAGAGAAAAGGGUACUACAGGGUACCAUUCCCUGACCCUGUACUGGUGCCAUCAAGCGUACACUCUUAGUACCUGUAGUGCGUCUGGAACUCUCCUGUGUCCUAAAAAGAGAGCGCUCCAGUUUUGUAGCUGAAAUCUUUUAUUAAAGCGCUCUCUCUCUCUCUCUCUCUCUCUCUCUCUUUCUCCCCCCCACACACACACAGCUCCAGGUGAAACACCGAGGCGCACUUCAGUACCUUUUUUUCUCAGAGUGUUUACGAGUUUCUUGUUUAAAAGAAAGCGCUUCUGAUUGACUCCUGAUCUUUAAUCCAUGCUGAAGUCCAAAGAGUUUUUUAAUUUCCUUUCUGCAUUCAGGCAACUGUGAUUUAAAAAUAAAAUAAAUAUGUUAAUGUCCGUUUUCCAUGUUUUAAUGUCUAAUGUUAUGAUUCUGGAAGAAUAUUUUUUAAGUUUUAUGUUUUUUUGUGUGUGUUAAACUGGAAUUUCUUUUCUUUCUUUAAAAAACAACAACAAAAACAACAGCAUAUGGAUAUGUGUACACAUUAUACGCAUUAUACUGUAUUUAUAGGUUUAUAAGCAAAAGGUCUAUUUAACUUGGUUGCAGGUUACACACCGGUAUUAUUUCCGCACACAACACGGUCUCGCGCCAGGAAAAUCGUAGGAAAUAAAGGCAGUGUUUAUCAGCUGGGGCAUUUAUCACGACUUCAUGGAAGUCCGAGCUACGAAUUAUUAUUAUUUUUUAAUUUUCUGCGUGAAAUCGUGUUGUCAUACAGAUAUUAAUAUAAUUCUUUCAUUUUCAGGUUUCAGACAACUGAAUGACGAAGUCGCAUAAUGAAUGGAAAUACUUGACCCAUGAAUAUCCUUUUCUUUCUUUCUUUCUUUCUUUCUUUCUUUCUUUCUUUCUUUCUUUCUUUCUUUCUUUCUUUCUCUCUCUCUCUCUCUCUCUCUCUCUCUCUUUCUUUCUUUCUUUCUUUCAUCCCUCAAUUUAUUCACCAAUCCAAUAAUGCGUUCUUUUCUUCCUUUUUCUUCCCUCUUUCCUUCAUUUUUU